AAAGUCCCAAAAAUCAAACACACCUUUCUCUCUCUAAAAAUAGAAGAAAAAACAGAGCUUCAAAUUUAGUACUGAAAAAAAAGAAGUCUUUCAAACUGGCGAUUGAUAAUCAAGAUUCUACAAUCCUUGAAAUCAAACACAAGAACAGAAGAAUUAUGGGUGCUAGAGGACCUGAUGAAGAAGAAAAUAAUUGGCCACCAUGGUUAAAGCCAUUGCUUAAAGAAAGAUUUUUUGUUCAAUGCAAGUUACAUAUUGAUUCUCAUAAGAGUGAAUGCAAUAUGUAUUGUCUUGAUUGUAUUAAUGGCCCUCUUUGUUCUCUUUGUUUAUCUCAUCACAAAGACCAUAUUGCCAUUCAGAUAAGGAGGUCAUCAUACCAUGAUGUGAUAAGGGUGAAUGAGAUUCAAAAGUAUUUGGACAUUUCUUUAGUCCAAACAUACAUUAUCAACAGUGCUAAGAUUGUCUUUUUGAAUGAAAGGCCACAACCUAGGCCAGGCAAAGGUGUCACAAAUACAUGUCAAGUUUGUGAAAGGACCCUUCUUGAUUCCUUCAACUUUUGCUCUCUUGGUUGCAAGGUUAUUGGGACCUCAAAGAACUUCAUUAAGAAGCCGAGGGACUUAUUAGCAAAGAGGCGGUUGAAGGCGAUAGCAUCGGACUCCGAUGACACUUAUAGCCACAACAACCAUGGUCGAUAUAGAAGUACCACCAUCAACAAGGUGCAAAGUUUUAUUCCGUCAACGCCCCCUCCAACUUCUGUUAAUUACAGAACGGCCAAACGAAGAAAAGGAAUUCCACAUAGGUCCCCAAUGGGAGGACUAGUUGUAGAAUAUUAAGUCCUAAAAUUA